GGGAGAAGGCGGCUGUCAAGGCAUCGACAUGCGGCGGUGAGUAGGCGGGGCUUGGCGCAGUCACGUGAGCCGGGUGCCGGACAAAAUGGCGAAGGUGUCGGAGAUGUACGAUGUGACCUGGGAAGAAAUGCGAGAUAAAAUGAGAAAAUGGAGGGAAGAGAACUAUCGGAACAGUGAACAAAUAGUAGAAGUUGGUGAAGAGUUAAUUAAUGAAUAUGCAGCUAAGCUUGGUGAUGACAUUUGGAUAAUAUAUGAACAGGUGAUGAUUGCUGCCCUGGACUGUAGCCGGGAUGACUUGGCACAGUUUUGUCUUCAAGAACUAAGACGACAAUUCCCUGGGAGCCACAGAGUUAAGCGGUUAACUGGCAUGAGAUUUGAAGCCAUGGAAAGAUAUGAUGAUGCAAUCCAGCUGUAUGAUCGGAUUUUACAAGAAGAUUCAACUAAUACUGCAGCAAGAAAACGCAAAAUUGCCAUUCGAAAAGCCCAAGGGAAAAAUGCAGAAGCCAUCCGAGAGCUGAAUGAGUAUUUGGAACAAUUUGUUGGUGACCAAGAAGCCUGGCAUGAACUUGCAGAACUUUACAUCAAUGAACAUGACUAUGCAAAGGCAGCAUUUUGCUUGGAGGAACUCAUGAUGACUAACCCCCACAACCACUUAUAUUGCCAACAGUUUGCAGAGGUUAAAUAUACACAAGGAGGUCUUGAAAACCUUGAAUUAUCAAGAAAAUACUUUGCACAGGCAUUGAAGCUGAACAAUCGAAACAUGAGAGCAUUAUUUGGACUUUACAUGUCUGCCAGCCAUAUUGCUUCCAAUUCCAAAGCAAGUGCAAAAAUGAAAAAGGACAAUAUGAAGUAUGCUAGUUGGGCUGCAAACCAAAUCAACAGAGCUUACCAGUAUGCUGGUCGCAGUAAGAAGGAGACCAAGUACUCUUUGAAAGCUGUAGAAGACAUGUUGGAGGCCCUGCAGAUCACCCAGUCUUAAGCCAUAACAAAACUGCCCAGAAGUAGAUUUCUUUUUCUAGCUCUGUGUCCAACCUCCAGUCAUAAAAAAGUUAUGUUAAUUUUAAAUUGUGAGCUGUGUUAACAGUGGAUUCAUGUAAGUGAAAGUGACUAUCUUAAAUAAUGUGUUUUAUAAGAUAUGAUUCCUAUUUAUUGCCACUGUGAUGAAUAGCCACUGAAAUAAAUAAAAUGAGUGAAUUUUAUUGAA